GUAGAAUUUGCUUGGCUUAAGGAAAAUAAAGACAAUACCGGUGACUUAGUGAACAUUCCAUAGGCACGUACUUUGCUGUUUACAUAAGCUGGCCUGGCUAUCUCUUUGUUUGUGUAAACUACCUUGGCUUGCAAAACCGGUUUUGCAAGUGCUUCAAAUGGCACCGAGUGAAGAGACAACGCCUGUCUCAGGAAUGUGGCCAAGAGCCAAAAAGACCUUAUAUGGAAAAGAUCGGGAAUAAGGAAGUAGGCUGAGCAGGCAGUUAAUGUAUGCAUGAUGUAUGUGGUGCCAAGGGUAUAAGACCUGGCUGCGACCAGGGAGGGGCAGACUCGGCUUUGUUCAUUUCUCCACUUGCAAGUGCUUCAAUAAAACUCUGGCUUUACUUUUAAGACCGUUUCGUCGUUCCUUGAGUAAUAUUGAAACCUUGUACUUGGGAGCGGAUCCUCGCCUAACAAUAAAACGAAUAUUGUGGGCGUUUGUUACAAGUGGCGACCACGAAGGGACAGGCAAUUGAGCGCCCCACGGCAUUCCGGAGGCGACGUGGCCGAGCGGAAAGAGCGCUCCGGGCCCCGUUGAGGCCUGUUCCGCGUGGUUGACGGACGCGCCGGGGCGCCGGGGUAAGCGCCAAGCCUCUCCAUAGAAACCGAAACGAGUAAAGCCAGACUUCGGAAGGGGUAAGUCGCCCGGUAUAGGGCCGAAGGAAUUUAUGGAUGUAAGAGUGUGUAUGAGGUGUGCAUGAGACGGGACGAAUCCUAACGGUUAUCCCGAAGUGAGAGCGGACUGGCCAGUAGUGCGUUUUCCGCGUCCUCGCGAGAGGCCGGGCCACGACAGCAGGGAAGUGCAAGUUGUCUGUCUUUUCCGUUUUUGUCGGAUGUUCUUUCCUCUCUCCACAGGCACAGUCAAGAAUUCCAGAGGCUUCCAUUAGAUCUGGCAAUUCAUAGCUACCAUCCAGGCGAUUGGGUCCGGAUUAAACAGUGGAAAAGGGAGCCACUCCUACCAACUUGGGGACCGGAGAAGCAAGUCGCCCUCGUGACGGAGGCAGCAGUAAAAGUAUUUGGAAGUGACAAAUGGAUCCAUGUUUCCCGCAUAAAGAGAGCAUCUGAACCACUUACCAUUCAGGAACCAGAGAAGAGGGUAGCGAAGGACCCUCCAACUGGCGGGGUGAACAAUCAAGAACCUGAAGCUAAGUGGUCUUCGAGGGUCGUGUCGGGCUCUGACCUGAAGCUCAAGUUCUCCAGGAGGAGGGACAGUUUAUAAUCAUGAAUCCAGUAUUACAAUUUCGACUGGGGACGGUUUUCUCAUGUUCCCUAAUUUUAAUUGUAUUGUUGUGUGUAAAUUUCUUUAACCAACCUCGAUCUCACAAUGAGCAGUUGAGAAAUAUCAGGUCCGCAUCCAUCGAGAUGGACAGGACAAACACAUUUGUUGAACUUGCCCAUCAGGUGUCCAAAGUAUUUUAUCUCAAAAACUGCUGGAUUUGUGGGAGUCCAAAAGGUUUUCCAGAGUGGCCGUGGAUUGCAUUCCCGGUAGCACCCCGGUGGCUCUUAAGUAAUGUAAGUGAAGUGCAUGUCAAUUUAAGAACCUGGACAGAACCCCAUAUCUGGAAAUUACACGGGGCAGGGGUAGGCAAAUACUGCAUCUAUCAAAAUGUUACGGGAGGGGUGCAAGUUGGGAAUAGCAGGUGUAAUUGGACAUUGGAAUGGCGCUCAUACUGCAUCAUACGGGAUUGUCCGGUCACCAACUGUACUCAGUUGGCCUCUCAAUGGAAUGACACACAUAUUCGACUCAACAGUGGCACAUGGUGUUCAUGUAUCCCUGAUGCACGUAAUCGAAGUUCAUGCAGAUCCAAAUGUGAUGUUCCCAAUGUAGACAUCCAGGUGAAUGAAUGUCAGGAGAGGAAUCUAACGAUUCCCACGAUCUUAAAGGACCAAGGCUGGUUAUGGACGCACCUCAAUGGAACGGUCGUCAAGGGAUUUCAUAACUAUUGGACUACAUGGAACCAAACUAAUAAUUACGCUGUCUGUAAAUAUAAAAAUGACUCUCGCAUAUGGAGAUGCAGUUAUGAAGAGCGAGGGUACCGGAUAGUUACAGGACCCCUUGGGGCAGAGGACAGUUAUUAUAUCCCCUACAAAGAGAAAUCCCCGAUCUUGCAUAAUAGCACUAGGCCUGCGUUAAAAGGACAUUAUUGGAUUUGCGGGAGUAAGGCGUAUGCCAUUCUCCCCUUAAAUUGGACUGGCACCUGUUAUAUUGGAGUCAUACAACCCCUCUAUACCAUAAAAGGAGGUAGUUUUAAUCCUUUAAUUCCAGUGUUCGAUGAGGAGCGAAACGAUAAGAGAAAAUGCUCCAUAAAUGUUAACUUAGCAAGAGGACAGGACAAUGGAUGGAGGGAUGAAUGGCCACCUGAACGCAUCAUCGCCACAUAUGAUCCAGCCUCCUGGGCACAGGAUAGUAUGUAUGGAUACAGGACUCCUAUUUAUUUAUUGAAUAGGUUGAUCCGGUUACAAGCUGUGGUAGAAAUUCUCACUAAUCAGACGGCAAAUUCCUUAAUUCUGCUUGCUGAUCAAUCAACUCAAAUGAGAGAGGGGAUACUCCAAAACCGGUUAGCUCUGGACUACUUACUGGCAAAAGAGGGAGGAGUCUGUGGGCUCCUCAACCUAACGGAAUGUUGUCUCAAAAUAGAUGACAAUGGUGAGAUUGUAAAAGAUGUGGCAAAUAGGAUGAAGAAGCUUGCACACGUACCGGUACAAACCUGGAAAGGGCUCGAUCUUGGGGACUGGAAUUCAUGUUUCAACUGGUUCGGAGGAAUGAAGACUAUGGUUAUACUAGUUAUGCUAAUUUUAGUAGGAUGUAUGCUUUUACCCUGUCUGUUACCAAUAAUCAUGAAUGGCAUUCGUAGUAUAGCGGACAAUGCAGCAACAAGAAGUAGUAUGCAACUGUAUGGAAAAAUAAUGUAUCAAAGGGUAUAUAAAGAAGAUCCAUGGGAGACAAAAGGAGAGAAGAAGGAAGAGCCCAUUUAGUAUAAUUUAAAAUGGGCUCUUGAGGGGGGAAUUGUAGAAAAUAAUAAACAAGAAAUAAUGCUUAUUUGGCUUUUGUAGAAUUUGCUUGGCUUAAGGAAAAUAAAGACAAUACCGGUGACUUAGUGAACAUUCCAUAGGCACGUACUUUGCUGUUUACAUAAGCUGGCCUGGCUAUCUCUUUGUUUGUGUAAACUACCUUGGCUUGCAAAACCGGUUUUGCAAGUGCUUCAAAUGGCACCGAGUGAAGAGACAACGCCUGUCUCAGGAAUGUGGCCAAGAGCCAAAAAGACCUUAUAUGGAAAAGAUCGGGAAUAAGGAAGUAGGCUGAGCAGGCAGUUAAUGUAUGCAUGAUGUAUGUGGUGCCAAGGGUAUAAGACCUGGCUGCGACCAGGGAGGGGCAGACUCGGCUUUGUUCAUUUCUCCACUUGCA